AUGGUUGAGGAGAUCCUGCUUUCUAUCGAGGAAACCAAUAGGCUUCGGGCCCAGAUCGGAUUGCCCUUGUUGCCUGUAGAGAAACAGGAGAAUCCGAAAAAGACGGUUUCGGGAAAAGAUGAACUCUCGAUUGAGGAAACCAACAAGCUCAGGGCAUCUCUAGGUCUCAAACCGAUAGUGGUGGAGGAGCCUUCCAAAGAGCCAAUACCAGAGAAGAGUGCUCUUAUGCCCAAACAGACCACAUCAAAUGACCAGUACAAGGUGGACACUAGCCUGAAGUUGUUCUACAAUGAUGCAGGCUCAGACUGGCUUGAGAACGUUGGAAAAGGCAAGAAGGCCGAGAAGGCGGCUGAAACAGAAGUUUCUAAAGAAUCUGAGAGAAUUGCCGUCGCUCAUACUGCCCUGGCAUUGUCAGAUGUUAAAGAUGGCGAGGUUUUUACCCUCGAGGACCAGAAUGUCUUAGAUGGCGAGGAGGAACGCAUGGUGAAUGAGGAAAUAGCCAAGGCAGAGAAACUCCGAAAAACCGAAGCAGAAAAGCGGAAAAUCGCUACAUUGAAGUUUGGCGUCAGGUUUGAGGAAGACGAGGAGGAUGAGGCGGACGAGCUAGCUCAGGUCUCAGGGACCACGAUUCUUCUACCGCAGAAGCAGAAUGUUGAGCCUCUGGUGAAGACGGGAACGACAAAAAUGGAAGCUUUAUUUGACGACAUUGAUGAACCUAAGCCGGCAGCAGUCAAAUUCAAGAAGAAGUCCAAGAAGAAGAGUCUGUCGAAGAAACGAGAGUUAGACAACGACGAGGAGCUCGAGACCCUCCAGCCGAUGGUAACUGAAGAAUUGAAGUUUGAGGCUGAGGAUGGCGACGAUGAAAUCCAAAGUGUGCUAGCUAAGAACCGCGAGAAGCAACAGAAGAAAAGAAAACUUCUCACGCCAGAGCAGUUGGCCCAGGAGAUUCAGCUGCACCAGCGUAUAGAUUUGACGGAGAAGACCGGAGGUGUGGUUUUUGACGGAACCUCAGACUUUUUGAGCAGUAUCGGCCAAGCAGUUGAAGAGGACGGUGUUGAAGAGGAUGUUAAGGAGGAAGUCGAGAAGGAGAUCGAGGAACAGGUUAUCGAGACCCAAGAAGAAAUCGUUCCACGACUGGAAGAAAAGACCGGACCCGAGGAACAAGAAGCGCCCAGUAAGCCCAAAUUUGGCAGUAUGGCAGCUACACUCAGCUACCUUCGUGGCAAUAACAUGGUCAGUGCAGAACUGGCAAUGGAGAAGGGAGCCAGAAAACAACAGGAACAAAGAAUCAAGGAGGCAGAGCUUCAGCGCAUCGCCAUCUCGAUUGAAGAGCGUUCAGUCAAACUGGAAUUGGAGCUGGAUCUGUCGUACAAAAGACUCUCCAAAGAAGAACAAGAUAGCACGCUUGACAGGAUUCUCAACGAGCGUCUUGUUGCAAAGGGUCUAGUGGAGGUACCCAAAGGACGAUACUCCAGCUACAACUCGGACCGUCUCUCCAGCUACAACCCCCAAGUAAACCUCAAGUACAAGGACCAGGACGGUAAUGAGCUCGACCUGAAGCAGGCUUUCAAGCAGCUCUCGCACAAGUACCACGGAACUGCGCCAAAGCACAAAAAGAAGAAAAUGGGAAACAAGUCUGAAAUGGAGCAUGUUAUAAAUUAG